UUUUGGCAGAGGAAAAAUUUACAAUUUUAUAGACAUGUGCUUCAUGUGACAUGAGUCAUGUCUGUUGACAAAUUGACGCAAGCCUUGAUAAUAUUUAAAGAACGACAGGAUCGAGUACGCCCGCCAAGUCACCUCUCGGAGGCGACUCAAAAGGUGUCAAUUCAAAUUCAUCAGUGCAAGGUGCCUGCGCGAGUGCCAGCGGAGGCAGCGCCAACAAUGGCGGCGCAAUGGGGCCAAAUUCAGGAGGGCAAAGAGCUACCUGCAAAAGAUCUUUCCGGUACGUCGGACCCGUACGUCAGAGUCACUCUAUUGCCUGACAAAAAACACAGGCUGGAAACUAAAAUAAAACGUCGGACGCUCAACCCUAGAUGGAACGAAACUUUCUACUUUGAAGGUUUUCCGAUACAGAAGUUGCAGUCUAGGGUUCUGCAUUUACACGUUUUUGAUUACGACAGAUUCUCGAGAGAUGAUUCCAUAGGAGAAGUAUUCUUGCCUUUGUGCCAGGUGGAUUUCAGUGAAAAACCGUCGUUUUGGAAGGCGCUUAAGCCUCCCGCAAAAGAUAAAUGUGGUGAAUUACUUUGUUCUCUGUGCUAUCAUCCCAGUAACAGCAUACUGACGUUGGGUCUACUCAAAGCGCGAAACCUGAAAGCCAAGGAUAUUAAUGGCAAAUCAGAUCCGUACGUAAAAGUAUGGCUGCAGUUUUCCGACAAACGCGUCGAGAAACGUAAAACAGCUAUCUUCAAAUGCACCCUUAAUCCAGUGUUCAACGAUUCGUUCAGCUUCAACGUGCCGUGGGAGAAGAUUCGCGAAUGCUCCCUCGAUGUCAUGGUCAUGGACUUCGACAAUAUUGGACGGAACGAACUGAUAGGGAGGAUAUUGUUAGCAGGUAAAAAUGGCUCAGGGGCAUCUGAAACGAAACAUUGGCAAGACAUGAUCACGAAACCUCGACAAACCAUCGUUCAAUGGCACAGGUUAAAGCCCGAAUAAGUUAAGAUUACUUUAAAAAUACGAAAUCACAUAUGUAUGUUCGAGGGUCAGCACGAAUUUAUAUUUUUGAGAAAUUUUGGAGACAAUACUGAAGCAGUUAGGAAGAUUGGAUGAAACCUAGAUAUCUGCUUUUGUUUUAUAGAAUGGAUUCAAGUAGGCCAAAGAAAGCUAUUUUAGGAAAUUUUGAAGAUUGAUUUCAGAAAUAUUGGAUUGCCAAACCUACAUAUAGGGCAAAAGAUUAAUACAUGAUUUUACCUAGGUAAUACAAACCGUAAGAAAUCAAUAUUGCACCAAGAGGAAGAAGAAUCCCCUUAAGUGUCCAGUUUGCACUUGGGGUUGGCCAAAGGCAAUGGUCCGCAGUCUUCAACCAAUUCGAGCAGAGCUGGGCUUUCUUCGGUUACGACGCAGGUGGAUUUGCCGCAGAAUGGGGCCAAGUCCCAG